AUGUCGCUUCCGAAUGCGAGGAGCACAGCUCCGCGGGUGUGUCCCGAACACUACCGGGUGGUGGUGAUCUCGUACAGCGCCGAGGGCGUGCUGUUCUCCAACCGCAGCCAGUACCCGUACUUCUUCAGAACCAUCGGCGAAAACAAACAGUUCAGAUUUGUCUACAAGCAGCUGCUCCAUCAGCUCCAGUGGAAGCGGGUGGCGUCGCUGACCGAGGCGGGUCAGAAGUACACCGAGUACAUCUCCAUCAUGCACGACAUGCUGCAGGGGUCGGGCGUCACCUUCAUCGCCAACAGAAAGAUUCCUCGGGACAAGGAGAACAUGGAGCCGUACCUGACGGAUCUGCGAGAGAAGAACGCGAGGAUCAUCAUCGCUGACCUGUACGAAAUCGUCGCCCGAGCCGUCAUAUGCGAGGCCUAUCGCAAGAACAUGACUGCCAGACAGGGCUACGUAUGGUUCCUGCCGGCGUGGUUUUCACCUGACUGGUACAACCAAACCAAUGGCAAGAACUUCACGUGUAAACCUGAUGAAAUGAUGCAGGCGCUUGAUGGACACCUGGCUCUCUCUCACGCCUACUUCGCCAACGACUCGGACAUCAUGCAAGAGGGCAUCACGGUUGGCCAGUGGCGGCAGCAGUACCGCCGUCUCUGUGCCGAGUUCCCGGUGGACGAGUCAGACUACGCCGGCUACGCUUACGACGCGGUCUGGACGUAUGCCUUUGCGCUGGACAAGCUGUUGAGGGAGAAGCCGUCCCGGUUUCAGGACUUCCACACGGUACCCACCACCGCGUGA